GGCCAGAUGAUGUGUGUUACAACGUUAACUUUAAAACAUUAGAUUACUCAGUCAAAGUAAUAACAAAAACAUCAUAGACAAAUAUCAUCAAUAUAGAGAGGAUAGAACCUAACCAUGCUAACCUAGACAGUUAUACAGAAUGGACUUUUUCAUUAGGAAAAAAAAGUAGAUUUGACAAGUGAAUUUAUAUCAACAACAAAAAAUUUGGUAGCAAUGCACAUCAAAACAGAACAACACCAUUCAGAAGGAAUUUUAGAAGAUGUUGUAACCAUGGAAACUCAUACAGAUUUAAAUAAACAUGAGAUGAAUCUUGCACUCAAUCAGGAUGUAAAAUUACAUGUAGAGUAUAACUGUCCUAAAUAUGACAACCAUGUUACCAUUAAAACAGAACCUCGGUCUCCUAACUCAGUAAAUAUGGGAUAUCUGAUGGCUGAUACUGAUGAAAAUUUGACUGUAAAAAGUGAAAAUCAAUUUAUAGACAUGUUAGAAGAUGAUGGACAUAGGGUAGUAAAAAUAGAAAGUUCCUUGCCUGACUUUGACAAGAUAGAGAUGUUGAAAAAGGAACCAGAUUCUUCAGAAUAUAUAACAGAUACUGAAGUAUUAAAGCUACCUUCAGCAGUUUUCCAACAAACAGCUAACAUGAUGCAUAUUCAACAUUCUACAGAGCCACUAGGAACCAGUACAAAUACUUUGUCACUAUAUAAACCUGGAUCAGGGAAACAGGACAACAGACAUGUAGAAACUGGUAACGGAAUGCCUUCCCUGCCAAUAACAGACACACCUGUACCAGAAAACAACAAUGCCUGCUGA